AUAGGGAAUUGCUUAGAUUCCCAAUCUAGAAGGGAAUGGAUGGUUUCCCUAAGCUAUUUAUCCUUUUAUCUUUUUCCUCAGAAACCCAGCUUGGCCACUUGCAUCACAACUCAUGCAGUUAUGGAAGUGGGUUUGACAGUGAUGGAUACAGGAAAUAGAUAGAUAGAUAGCAGAGUGCAGGUCUUCUUCUAUGAGAGGUCACUGGCAUGCAACAGUCCACGUGGCAGCCUGGCCGCCACUGCUCAUCUCCUCUCUGUAUUAAUGCUUACAUGUAUACACAGACCUCCUUCCCCAUCUCUGUUUUCCCAAGAAUUUAUUGUCUUUCUAUUUUGUGUUUCUGAUUGGGUGCAUUUUCCCUGGGUUUCUGUAAUGGGGUUUGAGGCUCAAAAGAUGUAUGAACAGGAAAAAAUUUGACAAUCAUCUAGAGUUCCUUUUGUAGAGAUGAAACAUCGGUUCUGAAAGGCUAAGGUUUUGAAGGAUAGACUGUUCCGUCGUCUGCUUCAUUUCGACCUUGCCAAUAGUUGUGCGUUGCUGAUGAUGAGUGUUAACAACAACAACGUGGAUAUAGCGCUUGCUAUGGGAUUUUCGGAUCGCACUGUUAAGACGAAACUGAACGAUGAUUCAGGUGCAGGUGUAAAUGCAGGCUCAGGAUUGCACAUAUUUGCAGCACCUGAUCCAUUAGCUGAAUUAGUAUGGACUCCUCGAAAAGGUUUGAGUCUGAAACGCGCUGAUAACAGCUUAGCUAAGAAAAAACCCAUUCUUCUAUGGAAUGUGGCACCAAGCAACGAGGUUUCUACACCACCAGAAAUUAUCAGUUUCAAUGGUAUUAAUGAUCAAAACGAUAUCGGUGAAGGGAGCGUCAAUGGAAUGGAGAACAUAAAUCCCGCAGAGAUAGAUGGUAAUGUUGAUACCAAUCAAAAUAAGGAAUCUCAACGGGAGAAUGAAGAGAAGGAUCUCUCCGUUCUUCAGAAAAUUCAGACGAUAGGAGAGGGUGAACGUGGUGAAAAUUGUGCCGGUGAAAAUAUGGAGAGCUCGAUUAUAAAAGAAGUGAGUGUGCAGAACGAAGCAAGACUAUUGAGGAACGAUUCUGUACCAAUUGAAGCUUCUCCAACGAACGUCAAGAUUUCUGGUCAUAAAAGGAAAGGUAAAGGGAAAGCUUUGUCCGAUAGUGAUGAUUCCAACGGCAAAAUGUCAAGUAGCGAGGAAGGCAGCCACGAGAGUGUGGAAAGCUGCAACAGUGCCAGGAUGUUUCCCGAGAGCAAGAAUCUAGAGAACUUCGAACAGCCGUGGUAUUCGGGGAGCAAAAGAGUCAAAAUGCAAAUGCAAAGAAGUGUUGCUCCAACGUCCACGAUUGGACAUGGCAGCUCGUUUCUUACUUGGAUCUCAAAUAUGGUGAACGGUUUAUCAAAACCCUGCCAAGAAGAAGUUCCUCCGCUUGCUCUUGCCGUUGCUCAUUCUAAUCUGGGGCACGAGGGUAAUCACAAUAUAUGGAGCACCUUUGCAAUACCCGAAAUAAGAAUAUCAAAAGACGAUAUUUCUGCUGGAGAAUCUAAAGAUGUUGUCGUGGAUGACAAGAUGAUUAUUGAAGUUUCACCAACACAGUGCCCUUGGGAAAAUGAUGGAUCAGAUGAACAAAUUAUCGUGUCGAAUGAUAAAAUCAACACAUCUGCAUCAGCAAACGUGGAGGGGGUGUCAACUAAAUCCCCAAUAACGUCUCAGAAUGUUGCAUUGGCAUGGGAGGCUUGUAAAUCCACUUCAGCAGAAAACAAAGCUUCGGGCAGUUUGGAAUGUAGCAAAGCAAAAACGGGAGGGUGCUGUUCUUGUUCUAUGUGUAUGCUUAGAACCGGUAAUCGAGAGAGCAGCAGUCCGAGUCACCUUUCCGAAAACAAAACACUCAAAAACAUGUCUGAUAGAGGUUCUCUUCAAAGCAUUUGGAUUACUCGCUUUUCUUCUCGAGACCCUAUCACUGCCUUGAAUUUAGCCGACUGCAGAGAUAACCGAGAUGAAACAACUAACGGUGCAAAGCCCAAUCCUAAUGCUCAGAUAACUUCGGAAAUUCUUAUUUAUCAUAAAGGCUCUGAACAAAAGGUGCCUUUCCCUGACGAGCCAGGCAAUGAUAUACUCAAGGAUAUGCCAUCUUAUGCUCUCAACGAUGAUGCUUCCGUUGGCUUCGACAACUACGAGAAGUCGAUACAUAAAUUAAACCCUACUAUACCCUUCCCAAAGUUUAAGAGCUCAGAGGCUAUGACUUGUUUGUUCGCUAGGAGAUUGGAGGCCUUUAAACACAACAUACCUCCCGAUGCAAGAAACGAAGCGACUUGCACAAAAGCAAUUUGUUUAUUCUGUGGCAAAAGCGGGGAUGGUUUCUGUAACUGUUCAGAGGCAACUGAAAGUAAGCGGGAGGAUCUUCUAAGAAAUAUCGGUUCAUAUGAUUGGACCGAAAAUUCUCACUCCUUGUUCAGUAGAUGCUUACAACUUGAUCAUUGGGCUACUACAUGUCCAAUCGUAUCUUCAGGCAAGCAAUACUGGCGAGGACAUGGCAAUUCUCGUGUUAAUCAUAACAGUACUAAUAAUUUGCAGCUCUGUUCAGGUGAUGCCUUUCUGGCAAAGGAGGAAGGGACUUACAAUAUUAUUGUAAAUCACAUUGGUUGCUGCAAAGAGAAAUCUGGCAUUGUCACCGACACUAAUAACCUAGCACAAACUCCUGAAUCAAUCUCUGUUGAAAGAAAAGCGAGAUCAAGUGAUGUUCCAGAAAACGUGGCUUCAAAUCCAGGAGAGAAUGUGUUGAAAGGGACCGGUGUUUUACCUUUGUCCACUUUUGGUAGCAAAGAGACUGUAAGUGUCCCGAAAGGAGCUUUUGAUGCUAUAAGGAGGCUUCGUUUGUCCCGUGGGGAUAUCCUCAAAUGGCUGGAUUCAAAUGCUCCACUGUCGCAUUUAGAUGGAUUUUUCUUGCGCUUGAGACUAGGCAAGUGGGAAGGUGCACUAGGAGGAACCGGCUACUACAUUGCUCGCAUAGCUGGGUCCCAACAAGAAUAUUCAGCAAAAGAUGCUAAGAAGUGCAUCUCAGUAAGUAUUUGUGGCAUCACAUGCUCCGUUGGAAGUCAGUACAUCUCCAACCACGACUUCUUGGAGGAUGAGCUCAUGGCUUGGUGGUGCAAAACCUCAGAAAGUGGAGGGCAGGUUCCAUCAGAGGAUGAACUAAGAUUGAAAGUUGAACACAGGAUGAAGUUAGGCUUCUGAAAUCCUGCACUCAAGAACUUCUGUGCUCCAAAAUUGCUUGAGAUUUGCCAUGAAAAGGCCAAAGAUCAAAAUUUUUUUGCAUUUCCAUUUCCCUAUUGGUUUGUAAUAAUCAAACAUCUGGUUUGUUAAUGUCCCAAAGGUGACAACAGUCUGCAAUAUACACAUACAAACAUAUAUAUGAAUACACAUAUAGGAUUGAAAUCAAAUAAAAACUACAAACUACUACUUGUCUUGUAA